GUCAUUCCGCUCAACUGAUGACGCAUUCGGAACGCGACUCGGGAAGCUGUGUUUGCAAACUGUUUACAGGAACGAUAUAAAACAAACAAGGCUGAUAUUUUAAAAAGGCUACAGCGAAGAUGGCAGUCAAGACAGGAGAGGACCGUUUGAAGGAGAUGGAGGCUGAGAUGGCUCUGUUCGAGCAGGAGGUGCUGGGUGCGCCAGUCUCGGGGCCCUCAGUCACAGACGAGAUGGAGGUGGAGCCGGAGCUGGAGCCAGAACCCGAGGAGGGGCCUGUAGCCGUCGCCAUGCCAACGGAACCCGUGAUCCGGGCCAUCAUAGGAACCAACACCUACAGACAGGUCCAGCAGAGCCUGGAAGCCAGAGCCGCUGCCUUCGUUGUGCCCCCCCCCUGUGGUUUCGUAGGACCAGGAAUGCCUCCCCACCCUCCCUCUGUCAUGAGACCAGCGUUCGUACCGCACAUCCUCCAGAGACCAGGCGGGCACAGAAUGCCCAUGAUGCGCGGCCCCCCUCCUCAGUCCAUGGUGGCCCCCCCCAUGCCCAGACCUCCUCCGCCUCCCCCCAUGAUGAUGAGACCCCCCAUGCCUGGACCGCCACAGCAUCACAUGGGGAAUAUGGGACCAAUGUCACCGGGGGUUGGUAUGGCGCACAUGGUUCCUGUGCCCAGGCCGGUGAUGCAGGCCCCUCCUAAGAUGAGCCCCACUGUGAUCCAGGCGGCCCCCACAGUCUACACAGCUGCGCCUGUCAGCAGGAAGCAAGAAGGCCACAAUGCAGCCCGCCAGGCCCGUGUGGAGGAGCUGUUGGCGUCGGUGGCGCAGCAGCAGGCAGCGUUGGCGCUGAUGGAAGAGAAGGAGGCCUCCGCUGCGCUGGACGAGUCGGUGAUCGGACCCAGCAUGCCUGAGCAGGAGCCUGUGCACGCUGAGGCACUAGAGGGCAGCAGUGCGGAGGACAGGAAGAAGAGCAAGCAGGAGAAGGCGAAGCGCUGCAUCCGCACUGCGGCCGGGACGUCCUGGGAGGACCAGAGCCUGCUGGAGUGGGACACGGAUGAUUUCCGGAUCUUCUGUGGUGACCUGGGUAACGAAGUGAACGAUGACAUCCUGACCCGGGCGUUCGGACGCUACCCCUCCUUCCUCAAAGCCAAGGUGGUCCGGGACAAACGCACAGGCAAGACCAAGGGCUACGGCUUCGUGAGCUUCAAGGACCCCAACGACUACGUGCGUGCCAUGCGGGAGAUGAACGGUAAAUAUGUGGGCAGUCGCCCCAUUAAGCUGAGAAAGAGCACGUGGAAGGACCGGAACAUCGAGGUCGUGCGGAAGAAACAGAAAGAUAAGAAGAAGCUGGGACUGAGAUAAGGGAGGGAGGGUCUGUGAGUUCUGGUGGGGUGGGGCGGUGUUGGGAGGGGGGGUCCAGUGUCAGUCACUUACAGAGGCGAAAUCUGCAAAGGGGGUAGAUUUAGAGACAAACAACCCCUCAAUAACAGGAACAGAACCCAGAUAAGGGAUGGAGGGUGUUAGUGUGGGAAGAGAUGAGUCUGUAUGUCCCUGUGAGAGAUGGGGAGUCCGGUCUCGCUUAGAGAGACUGCCUGUCUUAUAGAAACAUCUGCAAACUGACUCAUAUGCAAAUGGGGUAGAUUUAGAGGAAAAAAACUGCUAUCGGAACAACCCAAUGACUCAAAACAAGUCAUUCAACUGCUUUUGAAGCUACUUACUGCUGAGAAAAUGUUAUAGGUGAACUCCCCCCCCUUUCCUGUUCUGAUUGGGUCUUCUCAGAACAGUUUUUCAUAUUGACUAUCAACCUUCACAAAUAACUUUAAACCAUUGAAUACAGAAUAAAUAUUAUAAAUAUAUUAUA